AUGGUAUUCCGUAAUCGGAAUUCAAUUCCGUUUCCUGAUUCUGAUUACCCUUACAUAAACGGGCCAUUAAAGGGUGAAGACACGCGCUAUGGCUUCACGAGCCACCUCCACGCGGCAUUAGAAGCCAGAGGGUACCAGGUGUUUAUUGAUGAGGACGAUCUACCAAGAGGGGAAGAAAUAAAAGAGAAACUGUUUCGUGCAAUCGAAGAGUCGAGGAUCUCUGUCAUUAUCUUCUCAAAGAUGUAUGCGGAUUCGAGUUGGUGUCUUGACGAGCUGGUGAAGAUCAUGGAGUGUAGAGACAAACUGGGGCGACAUGUUUUACCAAUAUUCUAUCACGUUGAUCCUUCGCAUGUCAGGAAGCAGGACGGAGAUUUAACCGAAGCAUUUCAGAAGCACAAAAAGGACAUCCGUGAAGAAAAAGAUGACAAGAAACGUGAAGCUAAACAAGAAAGGGGGCGAGCAAAGUUCAUUAAAAAAAUUAUUGACGAAACUAUUUGUCAAUGGCUCACCAGCACUAACAAAUUACAUGUGGCCAAGCACAUAGUUGGAAUCAAUUCACGCGUUCAAGAUAUUAUCAGUUGUCUUUCAAGUGGUGGAUCAAAUGAUGUUCUUAUGGUUGGAAUUUGGGGGAUGGGUGGAUUGGGUAAAACAACAGCUGCCAAAGCCAUUUAUAACCAAAUUCAUCCUCAGUUUGAAUUCAAAAGUUUCCUUGCCGACGUUCGCGAUGCUACAAGUAAACAUGAUCUGGUUGAUGUGCAAAAAAAACUUAUUUCUGACAUCUUGAAAAAGAAGCCUGAAAUAAGCUAUGUUGACGAAGGUAUAGGUCUGAUAAAACAACAAUUUCGACAUAGAAAGAUACUUGUCAUCGUGGACAACAUUGAUAAAGAGGAACAACUGGAUGCAAUAGUUGGAAGUCAUGAUUGGUUUGGUCUUGGAAGUAGAAUUAUUAUAACGACACGAGAUGAACGUCUACUACUAAAUGUGAACAAAAAAUUUCAGGCUAAGAAAAUGAAUGAAGAAGAAGCUCUUGAGCUAUUUAGUUGGCAUGCCUUUAAAAAUAGUUGUCCUGAUCAAGGAUACCUUGAAGUUUCAGAAAAGGUUGUUUCUUACUGUGGAGGUUUACCACUCUCGCUUGAAGUUUUAGGAUCUCUUUUGAUUAAAAGAUCGUUGGCAGAGUGGGAAAGCCAAUUGGAGGAAUUGGGAAGAUAUCCAGAUGAAAACAUUGUAAAUCGACUUAGAAUAAGCUUUGACGGGCUAUGUCGUUCAGAGAAGGCUAUAUUUCUUGACAUAUCUUGUUUCUUUAUUGGAGAGGACAAGGACUAUGUCGCAAAAAGAUUAGAUAAAUGCGGAUUUUCUGCAACAAUAGGAAUUAGUGUCCUCUGUGAACGAUGCCUUAUAACUGUUGAGCAGAAUAAGUUGAAUAAGCAUGAUUUGCUGCGAGAAAUGGCUAGAGUAAUCAUUUCUGAAAAAUCUCUUGGUCACCCUGGAAAAUGGAGUAGGUUGUGGAACCGUCAAGAGGCCGCCGAAGUCUUGAGAAAUAAAUCUGUAAGUACAUUCCCAAUAAAAUUUUGUAUAAUGCAUCCUGCUUGA